UAAAAAAGAAAAAAGAAAAAAGAAAAAACCAGGGCCGGUUUUUAAUACAAAGAGCUGCAACUUGGCCUGCAUCAUUUGUUUUCAGCUUCUUCCUAUAUAUAUAUAUAUAAACAUACAUAUACACACACAGAGCCACGGAUAUAAUAUACACACACACCCAGGGGCUUAACAACAUAGAGAGAGAGAGAGAUGAAGAAGUGCGAGCUGUGUGACUCUGCAGCAAAAAUGUACUGCGAAUCCGAUCAAGCUAGCCUCUGCUGGGACUGCGAUGUCAAAGUUCACGGCGCAAACUUUCUGGUGGCUAAGCAUUCAAGAACUCUGCUCUGCCAAGUCUGCCAAUCUCCGACCCCCUGGGUUGGCUCCGGUCUCAAGCUCUGUCCAACUGUUUCCGUUUGCGAGAAUUGUGUCAAUAAUAAUGAAGGAAAUCAUCAUCAAGACGAAGAAGAAGAAGAAGAAGAAGAAGAAGAAGAAGAAGAAGAAGAAGAAGAAGAAGACGACGAGGAAGAAGACGAGGACGAGGACGAGGAGCAGGAUGAUGGGGAUAAAGAUGAUGAUGAUGACAACCAAGUUGUUCCAUGGUCUUGUAAGCCUCCUCCGCCUGUGUCUUCAAGUUCUUCAAGCAGUAGGGAAGAAGAAUGUUCCAGUGGAAGCAUGAGCAUAUCCAGAUCAACAACCAGAAGGGAACCCAGGUUGACCAGAUCAAAUAACCAACUUAAUUUCAAGUGAAUCUUUUCUACGAGUGAUUGUUAAAAUUUCAAUGGGGCCAUCGAUCCUGUUAUGUAAGCAAAUUUACUGUGUUAACAAAUUAUUAUGUUUGUAAUAAGUCCAAGCCACUAACUUUUUCCUCAAAAGCAUUGUAAUUUAGCUUUGUCAUUACACAUUUUUAUCCAUUUUGUGCACAAAGUUCUGCAAG